GCGGUCUGCCAUCUUUGAUUGUGCGACAGGCCGCGGCGCGAGCGGGGCCUCACUGAACUAAGCUACAGCCGCUCCGUCUCUCACGAGACAACGGGGGGAGAAAACGAAAACGAGACGCCCGAGUACCGGAGACAGACACACGCCGACAAUCCGACAUCGUCCAGCUAACGCGGGGCCACGCGAAGAGAGCUGACAAGAGAGACGCGGAGGAAGCUCAAGUAACAGGGCCCCGGCAAAGUGAGCGGAGGUAGCGAGUAGUAGGUUGCUAGCCGACUUAGCUAGCUUGCUAGCUUUUGUAAUCUGCCGGCCGUUUCACACAACAAGGAAAAAGCGGGCCGAAACAAGCGCCUGGACCGGCUUUGGCCAGGAGACAAGUUAGAGAAGGGACCGGCGGAGACAGGAGGCUGGUUCUGAGGGGUGAGGCCGGAGGAUCAGACUCAAUGAGUUUCCAGCGAAAUGUCAGAGAAGUCAGGGCAGAGCACCAAGGCAAAGGAUGGCAAGACCAAGUACGCAACCCUUAGCCUCUUCAACACCUACAAAGGCAAGUCACUGGAGACCCAAAAAACUGCAGUGGCUGCCAGACAUGGGCUCCAGAGUUUGGGCAAAGUUGCUGCCAGUCGGCGCAUGCCCCCUCCGGCCAACUUGCCCAGCCUGAAGGCGGAGAACAAGGGCAACGAUCCCAACGUCAACAUCGUACCCAAGGACGGCAGUGGCUGGGCCUCUCGGCAGGACCAGCCAGGCGACGAGCGGCAACAAGAAACCCCUCCUCCCCAGCCCAAGCAAGGGACGCCUCAGUCUCAGGAGGUGUCUGUGGGGGCCAGCCGUUCUUGGGCCAACAAUAAGCAAUCCGGAUCGGUAGACGGAACACCCAGGGUGAAUAGCCAAUUCCACCAGGAGUUCCCCAGCCUGCAGGCAGCUGGGGAGUCAGAGAAGCCUGGGGAGCCGGAGGAGGAGCCGUACGGACCAGGCCCCAGCCUGAGGCCGCAGAAUGUUGGCAGUUGGCGAGAGGGCGGGGGCAGGAAUCUGAACACGGCACCUAGCCCUCCUGAGAUGGAAAGCAAGGCCGCAGAGGAGGGGGGCGGGCGCGGCACGCCCUCCCCCACCGCAGACGCCGACGAGCCCCGCAAAGCCCCCGGCGAAAGCAGGGACAAGCGAGAGUCCAGGGAGAGGCUGCCCCAGUGCGCCCAGCCUGCCCCUGCUCCCCAGCCCAAGCUCAACGGGGGCCAGCAGCCUCCGGGGGGCGUGCCACCCCAGUUUCACCCUCAGUUCAGAGGCAUAAUGCCACCUUAUAUGUUCCACGCUUACCCUAGGAUGCCCUUUCCCCCAGUGCAAGGCAACUUCAGAUACUCUGCGCCGCAGCAAGAUGGAGCAAAGGGCCCCAGAGCUGCCGGGAGGCCCCCGCAAGGUCACUCUCAGUCCUGGCUUCAGGACCCUGACCGGCCCUCCAUCAUCAGUGCCACGGAGCUUAAGGAGCUGGACAACUUGGACACAGAGGCUGAUGAGGGCUGGGCAGGAGCCCAGAUGGAGGUUGACUACACAGAAAAGCUGAACUUCAGUGAUGAUGAGGAGAAUCAGGCUGGAAAGGAAAAAGGGGACAACUGGGAGUGGAUGAGCAAAGUGGAGCGCAUGCGACCACGCAGCACCGAUGGCUCAGAGGGCUGGAAAGAGGGGGCAGAGGAGCGAGGGGCGACCAAGGACUCUUGGGCGGACAGCGGAGACCCCAGAGCGCCAUCCCCUGGCAGCAGGGGGCAGUACGGCAAGACGGGCCCGGAUUACCAGGGACAGGCUCCGGGACGCGGCAUGGCCGGAGGCGCCCCUCGGCCGGGAAAGCAGGCCACGGCUCCCCCUGCCGGGGAGGACGACCUGGAAGCCUGGCGCCAGAAGCGCAAGACGCAGUCGGAGCUGUCGGAGGCUGUGGAGCGGGCGCGGAGGCGGCGGGAGGAGGAGGAGCGCCGCAUGGAGGUGCAGCGGCUGGCGGCCUGCGCGGAGAAACUCAAGCGGCUCAACGAGAAGCUCCGCCCCACCGAGGCGCAGCCCUCGCCCACGCCGCAGGAGGAGUCCAGCGGCUCCGUCGCCGAGCCCUCCCUCCCGCAGCAGCAGCAGCAGGCCCCGCCUCCUGCAGCCACCCCCACGCGGGACAAGCCGGAGCCCGGCGAGCAGGAGGAGAAGGAGCGGGAGUUCGUGCCUCACCAGCCGGACGCCUCGGAGGGGCCGGCGCGGGAGCAGGGCGGAGACGGGGACGCCUCCGCGACUGAGGAGAGCGUGCCCGAGAGGCCUGUGAGAGAGAGCUUCGGCACGGAGGAGAACCGAGCAGAGGAGCCCCUGAUGGCCUUGCCUCGUGUGGACCCCUCCAGCCAGGAAGACGCCCCUACGCUGACCUCUGAGGCAGAGGGAGAGUCUGGCUCGGCGGUGCGCCCCUCCCUCACCUCCGGAUACUCCAAACAGUUCCAGAAAUCUCUGCCCCCUCGCUUUCUGAGGCAGCAGGAGCAGCUGAAGCAACAACAACAGCAGUGGCAGCAACAGCAACAGCAGCAGCAGCAGCCACCACAGCAGCAACAGGGGGGUGCAGUCUCUCCCUCCGGGGCCCCAGGACCCCCCCCACAGCAUCGCUCUCUCUAUCAGCCCCUUGGACCUCACCCCCAGCACCUGGCCUCCAUGGGCUUUGACCCCCGCUGGCUGAUGAUGCAGUCCUACAUGGAUCCCCGCAUGAUGUCAGGCCGCCCUCCUUUGGACAUGCCUCCCAUGCACCCAGGGAGGAUACCCCCAAAGCAGCUGGUGCGGAGAGACGCUGCAGAUGGUACCAGUUCUGGCUCGGACUCGUUUGACCACCUGACCCGACCCAUCCGGGAGCAUGGGCACCCCAGCGAGCCGCGCAUGGUGUGGGGCUCUGACCCAUAUCCCCAAACCGAACCCAUACCCUCUGUCACACCCCCCAAAGGACGGGACGACACCAAGGAGCCAAGGAUGGAUUCAGGCCUGGAGAUGGAAAGGGGGGUCCCUGCUGUUUACUCCCAGGAGCACAGCCCUCUCGAGCCAAGGGGGAAGAGCGACUUUUUCCGGGACUCCUCUGAACCCCUGUCGGCCUUCAGCUGCGGUCCGGAAGAGGCGACAGGCCUGUUGCAGACGGACAGGGGCCCUGGAGGGGCGGUGUUCGAGCCCCAGGAAGCCAGCCUGGCCUGCGGAGAGGAGGUGGAGAGCCUGGGUCGGUCCCUGCUGAAGAGGAGCAUCUCGCAGGGGUCCAGCCACUCCUUAAAACUGGACGAGCCACGCUUCGAGGGUGUCCCGGCUCCCCCAAAGUCACAGGACCUCCCAGACACCCCAGAGCCGGCGGAUGACAAGUGCCGCAAAGAAGUCCCCUUCUCUCAAGGACCCUCGGGCAGAGACAGGGCCACCCCGCCCGCAGAGGGCCCGCACAAGGUCGACAAGUUGCCCCUAUCGGCCUCUAGCAAGCAGAAGUCGGACGUCCGCUGGGCCCCGCGCUCGGGAACGGGGCGCAGGGAGGGGGCGGCCGGGGAGAGGCCGGUUCGCCGCUCGGGACCCAUCAAGAAGCCCGUCCUGAGAGACAUGAAGGAGGAGCGCGAGCAGAGGAAGGAGAGGGAGGAGCGGCACGAGCGCGGCGACCGUGCCAAAAAGGACACCGGCGCCAAGGCCGCGUCCGCCGCCGCUGCCGUGUCCGAGAGCCAGAAGCCCCCCAGCGAGGCCAAGAGGGAGCAGCCCACCACCCCCGAGCUGGAGGAGGCGGUGAAGCCUCGUGCAGCCCAGCCACCGGCGGGGACACAAGCGCCGGCGCCCCAGGAGGAGAAAGCGGACAAACCCCCAGCGAUAGACAAGCACCCCGAACCCAAACUGCCCUCUCGCAAGGAGUCCAACCUGCCUCCCAGGGCCUACCGCAGGGAGGAGCGCGAGAGGGACCGGGAGAGGGAGAGAGAAAGAGACAAAGAGCGAGACAGAGACUGGCCCGCCGAUCUGAGCCACAGGGGCCGCGGCCGAGGGGAGUAUUACUCCCGGGGCCGCAGCUACCGCGGAAGUUACAGUGGGCGAGGGAGGGGGAGCCGGGGCCGCAGUCGGGGGGAGUACCCCUACAGAGAGUCGCGGUCCCGCUCAGACCUGCCCCUGUCCGCCUCAGGGGGCGUGGGCUUCCGCUGCAGGGAGGAGAGCGAGACCCGCAGCGAGAGCUCCGACUUCGAGGUGAUGCCAAAGCGCCGCCGCAGGCGCGGCUCGGACACGGACUCGGAGAGCGAGGGGCACGAGUCCGCCAGUGACACGGGCGCCUCCGACCGCGAGCCCAGCGCCAAGCCCAGCCGCCCGCUCCGCCGGGACCUGCCCGAGGCGCGGCGCGGAUCCAAAGCUGCUUCGGGACUGGCGGGGGGGGCGUCGUCCUUCUGCCCGCCUCACAUGGCCGACAAAGUCGGCUCCCGCGAGGACGAGGGCCGGCCCAAACCCGGCUUCCUGCCCAAAGGAGAGCCCUCCCGCCGAGGAAGAGGAGGAUUAUACAGCCGCAGGGGGUCAGGCAGGGAGCGGGGCACCCCUAGGUCGGUCCCUCUCAGGAGGGCUGGCAUCAGAGAGUCCUCACAGUGGCCUUCCAAACCUAUGGAGACCUUCCGCCCUGAGGACGCCGACACCUCGAGGUUUGACAACCCCGCAGCAGAAAGGCGGACACCUAAAUACGAGGGCAAGAAAUUCGGAGAGGCGGGGCCGAGCAGCCGGGAGCGACCCCGCAGGCCCCGCCCUGCCCGCCCCCCCAGGCAGGACAAACCCCCGCGCUUCCGCAGGCUGAAGGAGCGCGAGGCCGCCGUGAUGGCCGGGGAAGCCGUGGUGGAGACGCCCGCUCCGGACUCCCUAUCUCCCACCCUCUCCAAGGCACCGGGAGGCGCAGCGACGCCGGCCGAAGGCGGCGCCCCCGAGCUCCCCGCCGUCGGAGCGGCAUCGCCUGACAUCGGCUCGACCUCCGUCGCUGCCGGGAGCAAGUCGCCCGAUUUGUCCAACCAGAACUCAUCGGACCAGGCGAACGAGGAGUGGGAGACUGCCUCCGAGAGCAGCGACUUCAACGAGAGGAGAGAACGCGAGGAGAGGAAGGAGGCCCUGGAGCCCGCGAGCGCUGCCCCUGCCAGCUCCGCUACGACCCCUCAGGGAGCAGGGGCGCAGUGCAAGGGCUCUGGGGAGGGAGGGGUCACCCCCAAACGGGAGCCAGCCACCACUGCCAAGAGGAGCUUCUCCAGCCAGCGCCCCGUGGACAGGCAGAACCGGAGGGGUAACAGCGGGGCCAAACCGGGCCGGGGGUACGCAGGAGGCAAGGGGGAGCGGCGGGGAGGUUCCGGAGCCAAAGCAGCACGCAGAGGGCCGCUCGAGGAGCUGGCCCAGGAACUGACUGGUAUCGAUCCAACCAGCAGUGCCGCCCAGAACCCGGAUGUCGCCCACGGAGGCCCGGGCCAGCGAUCCGGCAAGGAUUCCACCGCCCGCCGCAAGGAAGAGGCCAAGCAAGCUGCUAAGAAGCCCAAGGAGAAGGCGGAUGCUCUGUCCCAGUUUGACCUCAACAACUAUGCCAGUGUGGUAAUCAUCGAUGACCACCCGGAAGUGACGACCCUGGAAGACCCCCAGUCCAGCACCAACGACGAUGGGUUCACGGAGGUGGUGUCCCGCAAGCAGCAGAAGCGGCUGCAGGACGAGGAGAGGAGGAAGAAAGAGGAGCUGACCAUACAGAACUGGAGUAAGAAGGGCUCCAGUGAGAAGGGAAGAGGUGGAGGUUCUAAGCUGCCUCCUAGAUUCGCAAAGAAGCAGCAGCAGCAGCAGCAGCAGCAACAACAGCAGCAACAGCAGCAGCAGCCAGCGAUUGCAGCUCCCCAGCCCACACACCAGACCCCCUCUCAGCCAACAGGCCAAGCACAGCCCCAGGAAGGCUCUGUAGCCCUGCCCAGCUCUGUGGACUUCUCUGGGAAGACUCUGCCCGCUGGCCAGUCCCACAGCACCCUGGGCACAGAGCUCUGGGAAAACAAGGUGGCAGGCUCGGCUGUCCUCUCAGACAUUAAAAAAUUGGGACCCAUCAGCCCUCCCCAGCCCCCCUCAGUCAGUGCCUGGAACAAGCCACUCACGUCCUUCACUGGCACCGUCACUCCAGAGGGAGUGAAGCCUGGAACGGAAGGGGCUGUGGAGCUGGGCAUGGACAGCAUCCAGUUCGGGGCCCCGUCCUCGGCAGGCAGCACGGACAGUGACGGCGUGCCCGCUCUGCUGGACAAGGGCGCCGAGAACAAGCUGCCGGAGCCCAAAGAGCAGAGACAGAAGCAGCCCCGCGCCGGGCCCAUAAAGGCACAGAAGCUUCCAGAGCUCAGUCCCCCAGAGACGAAGGAGUACAAGCCGGGCCCCAUCGGAAAGGAGCGCUCCCUGAAGAACCGCAAGGCCAAGGACGGCCGGCAGUCGGAGGGCGAGGGGCCCGACAAGGGCGGCCCGGGGGGCAGCAGGGGGGCCGACUCCAGCUCCCCAACCAAGGAAAACAAGGUUCCAGAGCUGGGAGGCGACAUAGAGGGCAUGAUCACUGCUCCAUCCGCGGAGUACAGCAGUGGCUCCAAGGAGUCUGUGACGGACUACACCACCCCGUCCUCAUCGCUGGCCGACAGUGUCCCCACAGGAGGCAGCAAGAUAGAGGAGAGCCUGGUGGCCAAUGUGGCCCUGCCCCAUGCCCUCCCACUGCCCCGCAGAGAGGCCCUGCAGCAGAGCUCCAGCCUCACUACAGUCUCCCCUGCCACAGUGGACCUCACCCUCAAGAUGGAGUCGGCACGUAAAGCGUGGGAGAACUCUCCUAGCCUCGGAGAGAAGAGCUCGCCGGUCACCUCCUCGGCCUCGCCCAUCACCAGCGGUGGCGGCGGAGGCAGCGCCUCCUACAGCUCCUUCUCCAGUGCCUCCAUGGCUCAGAUCCCCGUGGCCUCCGUCACCCCCAGCACCUCCCUGUCAGGGUCUGGGACGUACACCACUUCCUCCCUGAGCACGAAGACUACCACUGCGUCGGACCCACCCAACAUCUGCAAGGUGAAGCCGCAGCAGCUGCAGGGCGGGGGCAUGUCGGGGGGCAGCUUCUCCCAGCUGGGCUGCGUGCCCUCCCUCCUCCCCCAGCAGCAGCAGACGCCGCAGGUCUUCGUAUCCCAGUCUGCAGCUGCAGCAGGUUCUGCAGCCCAGAUCCCAGCCUUCUACAUGGACACCGGCCACCUCUUCGGUACAGCGCACCCCCGCCUUGCGCCCCCUUCUCUGGCCCAACAGCAGGGCUUUCAGCCUGGACUAUCACAGGCCCAGUCUCCAUUGUGUGAUUUUUCCUUACAGCCGACAGCGGUGCAGCAGAUCCCCAUCCCCAUCUACGCGCCCCUGCAGGGUCAGCACCAGCACCAGCACCAGCCCCAGCUGGGCCUGAGCACCGGCCCUCCCGUCUCCCAGCCCCAGGACCUCUUCAGCUCCUCGCUGCAGCCCUACAGGUCCCAGCAGGCCUUCAUGCAGAACAGCCUGUCGCAGCCGUCUCCCAUGAUGCUGUCGGGCACGGCCCUGCACAGCUACCCCGGGGUGCAGCCCCCUGAGCUGGGCAAGCCGCAGUCCAGCCUGGCCUUCCAGCAGACCUCCAACACCCAGCACAUCCCCAUCCUGUUUGAGCCGCAGCUCAACCAGCCUUCCGGCCUGGGCGGCUCGCAGCUCAUCGACACGCACCUCCUGCAGGCACGGCAGGGUCUGAGUCAGCACUCGAACCUGUACUCGGGACAGGUGCAGCAGCACGGCCAGAGCAGCUAUUACAGCUCCACCCAGUCCCCCAGCUCCGCCCUGCAGCAGGUGACGGUCCCUCUCCCAGGCUCCCAGCUCUCCAUGCCAAACUUUGGGUCGACAGGGGGCCAGCCUCUGCUCGCCUUGCCCCAGUCCCUGCCCCCCACCCCGCCCCAGCCGCAGGCCCAGAGCCUGAGCCGCCAGCCCCCCAUCAGCCAGCCCUUCCGCGGGCUCAUGGGCCAGAGCGGGCACAGCAUGAUGCAGCCCUCCAGCAAGAUGUGUGAGAUGGAUUUGAAGCUGUUCGGCAGCGGGAUGGAUGUGAAGCCAGGUACCCCUCCAGUGAGCGCCCGGAGUACCACCCCCACCUCCAGCCCCUUCAGGGCGAGCUCCACCAGCCCCAGCAGCCAGACCAGUAAGAUGAACAGCAUGUUGUACCAGAAGCAGUUCCAGUCAGGCUCUGCCGGCAUGCGGAUCCCCCAGCACUACCCAGGGCAGUUCACCCCACAGAUGCUGUCUCAGCCCAGCCUUGUCUCUCCGCUGGUUCGCCCGCCUCACUCGAGCUCAUUUCCCGGAGGGGUACAGAGGACUCCGCUAGGUCCUCCCAUGUCCCCGUCCCUGAGCGCAGGCCUCAUGCCCCACCCCAGGCCUCAGCACCCACCCCGUGGCCCCCCUGGGCCCCCCCUGGGCCCUCGGGGGACCCAGGCAGCACUGAAGGCAGAGCAGGACCUGAAGGCUAAGCAGCGUGCCGAGGUGCUCCAGUCCACCCACAAGUUCUUCUCCGAGCAGCAGCAGCAGCAGCAGCAGCUCAAGGCCCCGGUCAGUAAGCCCGCCAGGGUGGACGGAGGCGGGAAGGCGGUCGACAGCGUGGCCCCCAACCACCAGGGGGUCCAGUCCGAGCGGCCAGAAGCAGAGAAGCCCCCCUCCCUCUCCGGGGCCAAACCCGUACGGACUGGCCCCAUCAAGCCCCAGUCCAUCAAGCCUGAGGAGGGAAAGUAGAGCAGACCUCGGCUGCCUUGUCACAAACUCCCUGAGGGACACCGCCAGAACCUUGAGGAGGGGGAAAGAAUUCCACUCGCGCGCGCUUACUCACACUCACUCACUGACUCACUCACGUCACCCUCUGGGCUGUCCCGCAGUAGGAUCAGGAGGAGUGUGGGGAGAGGGGGGGCGUCUCGUCCCAAACAGCAGCUACCCAGGGGCACUGUGUAUAGCACCCUUCCCAUCCUCCCUCUCCCCCACCCUUCCUCUCCCAGGGUCCAUGGUGGGUUCUGUAUUUGUGUUGAGUUGAGCCCCUCGUGAUAGUGGUGGAGAGGAGCAGCACAGCAACCAUGGCUGUACAUGGAAAAGUGUACAAUGAAGAUAUAAAAGUAAAGAAAUUCAAAUCGCUGCUGAGUUUGCAAUUUUCUUUUAUAGCAAUAUAUAAUUUUUUUUCCAUGCUUUAUUUUUCAAGUAGAAUCACAUGUAUUUGGAGGGCAGUUUUUGUUUUGAUGAAUCAAUUUUUUUGUAGUAAAAAACAAUCUAAUUUAAAAAAAAAAAAGGUGUUUUAGUAAGCAGAAGCUGUCUUUCCUCUCGUUCCUCCAGUAACUAAUCCGAGACACGUAGAGAACUAAUGUUGAGAAAUGAGCAGCACCAUGUCGAUUACCUUGGAAUGGAACACUGCAUAGUUGCCACACGCACCCCCCCCCCCCCAUCGCUGAACGUUUUAACCAAGUCCACCGAGAAUCAGGAGAUAUUUCGUUUCUGUCUUUUUAAUUGCCUGGAAAGGAAAUGUGAAGUUGCUGAGGAGUGAGUGAUUGACUGGUUGCAGCCUCCACUGUAAGCCUUCCUUCCUUGCCUUUCCACCUCAUUUCCACCCAGAGAUAAUCCGUGAGGGUGUGUGUGUGUGUGUGUUUGUGUGUUUGUUUGUUUGUGUAACAGGGGGCAACUGUUCAGGUCUCCCAGGUGACCGUGCUCAAAGGGUAGGCAGUGCCAGGGUGCUAGGAAACCCACAGUGUACCUGCAUCCUUCCCCACAGAGGGCAGAGAUUGGCUUGGGCAGCAGGAAAGGGGCUCGGCAGGUGGCGUGAACGGUUAGGCCGGCUCUUGUGAACUGACUUGCUCCUGUCCUGAGUGAAGACCUCUCGCACCACUGGUCCUCCCGCCUGCCCCCAGAAUCGCACACAUUUCGGGCUGUUAGGAGGCUUCCUUUCUCCCACUCUGGUCUACUUCUGAUUAGGUUGACGACUCAGAUGACACUUUAGAUGCGAGAUCACGUGACGUUGAUUGCAAGAGGAAAUCAUGACAGAGGAGGGUUUGGAUCAGUUGGGCUUUUGAUUUUUUUUUUUUUUAUAUAUAUAUUAGCAGAGAUCAGCGUGUGGUGUUAACUCUAGGGAGGGGGGGGGGUGGCCUCGUAGUUGAACAGAACGGUUGUUCAGAUGUGUUUGGCCUGACGGACAUUUUUCUGUUGUGAAGAGACCCCAUGCCUAUCCUCCAUCCUGUCCUGUCUUGGCUCCAUCUUACCAACAGUGCUUUCUUCCCCCCCCCCCCCCCCCCC